CAGAAACUACAGAGUAGAACUGUACAGACUGCCACUUUGAGAAUGGAGAUGACACUGUGUUUUCCACUGUUGCUGCUGAUCUGCUCUCUCUCCACGGCUCAGCAUCAGACAGAGUCUGACAAUGAAAUUAUUCCACAUGGAAAGCAAGCUGAAUCCCAGGGAAGAGAACCAACAAAUGUCUCUGACCGCCAACAAACCUGCACUCAAGACAUCCAUGCUGUGCUGAGAGAGAUGAGCGCCUUGUUGGCUGAACAGAGGGUGGAGAUGAGGCACUUACAGAGAGAGAAUGAAGCACAAACAGCUAAGCUGAAAGAACUGGAGCUACAGAAGACUGAGGUGGAGAGGCAGAAGACUGAGCUGGAGAGGCUGAAGCAACAACUUCAAGCACAAGCAGCAGAGCUGAUCACCAUGAAAGCCAGGUCAAAUGUCACAGAACACCAGGUGGAGGCUCUGAUGAGAGAUGGAGAAGUCAAACAGGUGGCUUUCUCAGCCUCUCUGUUGGCUUCAGGUUCAGGACAUGUUGGACCAUUUAACACACAAACUCCUCUGGUCUUCAGACAUGUCAUCACAAACACUGGAAAUGCCUACAACCCAAACACAGGUUUUUUCAUUGCACCAGUGAGAGGAGCCUACCACUUUGAGUUCUACACAGGUGCAAUCGGACAUGCUUCAUAUGGUUCAGGUGCAGUGUUGGUCAAGAAUGGAGGACAUACAUUUAGUACAUGGUCGCAUCAGCCGUCCCAUUAUGGCAGCUCUGCUAAUGGUGCCACGCUGCUUCUAGAGGUCGGAGAUGUUGUGUUUUUGCGUCUGUGGGGUCACACAAGGAUAUAUGAUGGUGGAAAUCGCUACAGCACCUUCAGUGGUCAUCUGCUUUUCACCAUGUGAAACAGUCCUUUCUGUAGCUACAUGAUAGCUGUGCACACACUGCAGCAGUUUAUCAGUACAUGUUGAUAAUGAUUAUGUGAAUAUUUAAUGUUAUAAAAAAUACAUAUGUUUUGGAGCCACGCUUUCAGCAGUUUCAAAGUAAAUAAUAUUAUAAUCUUAAUCUCUUACAUUUGAGUAAAACUGCCAGACGCACUACCCAAACAUAUAAACUGUGCUUUGUAUGCAAAAUGAUUAAUUAUUAAACUCAGCAAUUAAAUGUGAUUGAAACUGGCUAUGUGGUACUCAUUAAUAAGAUUAUGGUGACCAUAUUAUUUGAAACAUACUGUACAGUUCCUGUAUUUUGAUCUCUGCCUCCAUCACUAUAAUGUUCCUGUAAUAUUUCUUUCUGCCUCUUCAUUCAAAUAUUAAACUGCUGUUGUUCUGGUCCACGCCAAGGUUUCCUGUGUAGAGUAAAAUGUUCUUGAAGGUAACACUCAGGUUGUGAUUAUUUGAUCUUUAACUCUACCUCUGUGAUCUUUAUAGAGUGUAAUACUUAAUGUAAUAUUUACAAUGGGUAUAUGGCAAAUAAAGAGUACAAGUAUUGUGAUCUCGUUCAGAGUCGUGUUUCUGGCCACCUGGUACAAUAUUCACUAU